AUGGAGAGGAGGGCUCGGAGCGCCUCCAGAGAGGCCCACGGGAGAGGCGGCGGGUCCCCCCACAGGGAGAACAGGAAGGCGAAGACGGAGAGGGGUGGCGGAGGCCGUGGGCGCCGGGACGCGGGGCGGGAGCGGGCGGGGAGCCGCGGGGAGCCCCCAGCGCCCGCAGCCACGGUGGUGGACGUGGAUGAGGUCCGGGGCUCCGGUGAGGAGGGCACCGAGGUGGUGGCGCUGCUGGAGAGCGAGCGGCCCGAGGAAGGUAUCAAGUCUUCAGGUUUAGGGGCCUGUGAGUGGCUUCUUGUCCUCACAUCCCUGCUCGUCAUCAUUGUGACCUUCCCCUUUUCUAUCUGGUUCUGCGUAAAGGUUGUACAGGAGUAUGAAAGAGUAAUAAUAUUCCGACUGGGACAUCUACUUCCUGGAAGAGCCAAAGGCCCUGGUCUUUUCUUCUUUCUGCCCUGCCUGGAUACCUACCACAAGGUUGACCUUCGUCUCCAAACCCUGGAGAUACCCUUCCAUGAGGUUGUGACCAAAGACAUGUUUAUAAUGGAGAUAGAUGCCGUCUGCUACUACCGAAUGGAAAACGCCUCUCUGCUCCUGAGCAGUCUUGCUCACGUGUCCAAAGCGGUCCAGUUUCUUGUGCAAACCACAAUGAAGCGUCUCCUAGCACAUCGAUCCCUCACUGAGAUUCUUCUAGAGAGGAAGAGCAUUGCCCAAGAUAUAAAGGUGGCCUUGGAUUCAGUGACCUGUAUUUGGGGAAUCAAAGUGGAGAGAACAGAAAUUAAGGACGUAAGGCUGCCCGCCGGGCUGCAGCACUCGCUGGCUGUGGAAGCCGAAGCGCAGAGACAGGCCAGAGCGCGGGUGAUCGCUGCGGAAGCGGAGAAGGCGGCCUCCGAGUCCCUGAGAAGCGCGGCUGAGAUCCUAGCAGGCGCUCCGGCUGCUGCUCAGCUGCGGUACCUCCACACGCUCCAGGCCUUGUCCACGGACAAACCUUCCACGGUGGUUUUGCCUCUGCCAUUUGACUUGCUAAAUUUCCUGUCUUCUCCCGGCAAUAGAGCUCAAGGAAGCCUCCCCUUACCAAAUCCUUCCAGACCUGUUGAGCCACCAAAUCCUAAAAAGAAAGACUCUCCCAUGUUAUAG